UGAGAAGUCAAGGCAAAGGAAUUUACACUCACCCAGAAUAAAAUUCAAUUAGAAUCCCACAAACAUCCCACAACGAGAUGCAUAGCUUCCUCCUUGGUUAAAUUAUAACACCGGACGCUAGUCAGUUGGUAGCUAGUUAAACCCGAGCUCCCGGUGUUGUCGAUGACUUCGAUUUUUUUCCCCUCAUUUUUUUAUGCUUUCCGAAUAGUCAGGUAAUUCCAAUGGGCACACACACGUGAACGCAAUCAGAUAAUUAUAAUACAAUGGUUGUACAUUUUUAACGAAGGUAAAAACCUCUAUCAGUCCAAUUCGGUGCUCCGCUGUGAAUGGGUGGGUCGGUGGGCUUUAACGUUUCAUUCCGUGGUCACUCGAAAUUAUUUAUUUAUUACACCGCCCAUGAAUGACUAGACUAGUAUAAAAAAAUCGAGCCCAUGUGAAGGUAUAGAAGAAGAGAGAUAAUUUUUUUUUUUCGAUAACUGAUAUUCAACAGUGAGUUUUACCAGUGCUUCACUCCGUAAGGGCACCAUGGCGACAAUUAUUAAAUCUUUAAUAAGAUUGUAUCACUACCUUAAUGACGAAGUUUCGGAUCCCAGAACGAAAGACUGGUUCCUGAUAGCGACACCAUGGCCAGGUCUCGCCAUUCUCGGAUUUUACCUGUAUUUUGUGUUCACCCUUGGGCCAAGACUAAUGGCCAACAGAAAGCCCUUCAACUUAGACAGAAUUUUACAAGUGUACAAUGUCGUGCAGAUCAUUGCCAGUGCCUACCUAGUCUACCUGGCUUUGACGCAGGCAUGGCUGAAUAAAUACAGUUUCGUGUGCGAACCCGUCGAUUACUCGAACACUACGGACGCAAUAGCGAUAGCAGCAUCAGUGUGGUUGUACUUCAUGCUGAAAAUAGUGGACCUCCUCGACACGGUGUUCUUCGUUCUUAGAAAAAAGCAGAAUCAGGUGUCAUUCCUCCACGUUUACCAUCACACGGGCAUGGUGAUGGGGGCUUGGGGUGGUGUCAAGUAUCUACCAGGUGGACACGUCACAUUCUUAGGCUUGAUAAAUUCCUUUGUCCACGUCAUCAUGUACAGUCAUUACUUGGCGACGUCGCUGAAGCUUGGCAAGCCCUGGUGGAAGAAGUACAUAACGCAAAUGCAACUAGUGCAAUUUUUCCUCAUUCUGCUGCAUUUCUCGCAGCUAGUAUGGACAGAGGAUUGCGGAUUUCCACUGUGGCCGGCGGCGAUAUUCAUACCCCAAAAUCUCUUUAUGAUCGUUUUGUUCGGUGAUUUUUAUUACAAGACUUAUAUCAAGAAGCCCGACAGUGUUGGCCAGAAUGGAAUCAGCAAGGAAAUUGCCAAUGGUAAACCAAAGAGCCUAUUCUCCUAUUACAUCAGAGUCAUGGCGAGUUUUAUGAAACUUGUCGUCAGCAAUUACAAUGAAAUUCUGGAGUCAACCAAAGAUCCAAUGGUCGACGAGUGGCCACUCAUGAGCUCUCCCGGACCUGUUCUACUCAUUCUCGGUGUCUAUCUCUUAUUUGUCCUAAAAAUUGGACCGAAGAUGAUGGAGUCGAGGCCUCCAUUUCAACUCACCAAUAUACUCAUUCUGUAUAACGGGGCACAGGUUUUAUUCAGCAUUUGGCUCUCAACAUUGGCACUCAAGGCUGAUUUCUUGAGCUACAUAUUCACAAAAACCUGUACUUCUGGAACAAUAACGGAUAAGAACCACCAGAGAAUGUUGACAACAGCUGCCUGGUGGUAUUUCUUCUCAAAAGUGAUUGAGCUGCUGGACACGGUCUUUUUCGUUCUGAGAAAGAAGCAGAAUCAGGUGACAUUUCUUCACGUCUAUCAUCACACGAUAACAGCCCUGUUCUCGUGGUGCUAUUUGAAACUUCUUCCAGGUGAGCAGGGGCUCCUCAUCGGAUUUCUCAAUGCGUCUGUCCACAUCGUUAUGUACUCUUACUACUUGAUCGCUGCGCUGGGGCCGCAGUACAGGAAGUACUUGUGGUGGAAGAAAUACAUGACUUGGAUCCAACUGGUCCAAUUUUGUCUGAUGCUUGUUUACCUUAUGUCGAUUCUCGCAAUGGACUGCCCACUGCCAAAGGCUCUCACCUACUUCUUCGUCACGAAUGUCGUCAUAUUCCUUUACCUCUUCAGCGAUUUUUAUCGAAAAGCAUAUGUGAAGAAAAACGCAUUGAAGAAGGAGACAUGAGAGAGAAAUCUAAUGAACAGUGAGAUAAUGGAUAAUGUGUUAUUAUUUUGUCGCGAGAUUGAACGCGAGAUGUUCAUUGAUAACUGUGAAUGUCUGGAAGGUAAAUACUUGGAAAUAACUUGGAACAUACUGACGAAGCACUGAUCAUCAUCAGCGCUUAUGAAUUCUAAAAAAUUUUCUAUUUAUACGGCUUGUAACUGAGAUUCUGAACAAAAAUUUACCAGCUAAAAAGACCUACUCAUUUCGCAUCUCUUGCGCAAUCGAAACGUUUGUUAUUUAUUAUUACCAUAUGUGUUACCAAAUAUAUUUGCUCACAUGUUUACAUUAAACGGAUGAAUGAGUGAAAGUGGAUUAUUUGAAUACCAACAUUUACUUCAAUUUUAUUACAGUGUAUA